AUGAACAGCCUGGUGGCCACACCUCCUGUUCCUCCUCACUUCUACGAGAACCCCCGAUUCUCUCCCUCCCGUAUGAUGUCUACACCCUCCUCGUCGUAUUCCAACCGUAAACGGAAAGCGGACGACGACAAUGAUCAUGAUGGACGCAUGUCGGCUUCGCCCACAAACUCUCCAGCUUUUACUCCUCGCCAGCUCCCUCAUAAUUACCGCAAUAUCAAACGUUCCCGACCGAAUGUUUCAGGCCGACCUCUGUCCCUCCCUCGUCUGUUAGAGACCCUGGACACCGAUGCCUUGCGGACCGUGGUACGGACCAUGUGCGAGCGUCACCCUCAACUUGCCGACGAGAUUGUGCACACAUCCCCUCGCCCGAACGUCUCUUCGACUCUCCAGGUUCUUCGAAACUACCAAGCUACCCUCCAGUCAUCCUUCCCGUUGGGUGGCAACACCGAGUCGGACUAUGCCUACAACCGAGUCCGGCAGCCGCUCACCAACCUCCUUGACGCCUUGAGUGACUUCACCCCCAAUUUCCUUCCCCCGAACGAAACCCAGGCAUCCACAUCUAUGAGUUAUCUGGAUGGGGCAACCGACAUCAUCCACGCCUUGCCACGCUGGAGUACGCCACAGAACAACAUCGAAAGAGACUCAGCCUACGACGAAAUCUGCAAGGCAUGGAUCCUGGUGAUCCGGGAAGCGGCAAAACGAGGCGGUGGCAUCCAGCUGCAAUACGGAGGAUGGGACCAAAAACUGGCGAAGCACAAUCAAACCUCAGGGGGAAAGCUACAAGGAGCUGUCAACGAACUUGGCCUGAGCUUGGGAUGGAUGAACGGACCCGACCCACCCACUCACGGAGCUAAUGGCGACAUGGGUUCCAUCCGUGACCAGCUCUUCUCCGGAACUUACGGGCUGGGAACACCAGUUAAGGUCGGACCCUGGUGA